AUGACAAGAAAAAGAAAGCCCUCCUUUUUCAAGGUUCUUAUAGGUGACUUCUCUGACCAGCUGAGCAUCCCACAAGCUUUCCAUAAGCAUUUUGAUGGAAGGGUACCUCAGCAGUCCCAUCUUCAGACCCCGACUGGAACUUGGUUUGUUGAUGUGAAAAGUGAUAAUGGGAGGUUGUUUUUACAAAAGGGUUGGAAGCAAUUUGUGCGUGAUAAUGGUUUAAGGCUUGGCGAGUUUCUAGUUUUUCGAUACGCUGGAAAUUCAAAAUUCUUUGUUGACAUAUAUGCGAGACAUGGCUGCAAAAAGGAACUUAUAAUGGCGGCUACGGGAAGUGAAAGACCUCUUGUAAAGAGACAGAGUGAAGAGAUUCAUAGAACAAAUGCUAACUCGAAGAAGUAUGUUGGCAGCUCCACGAGACAUCCAAAGCAGAACAUGGAUAAUGAGAACUUAGAAGGUUCCACUGGUGGAUAUAAAGCUGGUCAAGAAACUGUUACCGUCAAAUCUGAACCUAUUAGUGAUAGUGAAUUGAAAACAUCUGUGGAUCUUGAUGAGUCUAUUAGAAAUAUGAAUACUAGAGAGACUUUGGCUUCACAGCCUCAAGUGGAAAAUCGAACACAAGCUACUGCUCUUGAAGCAGCCAACAAAUGUGCAUCGAAGCAUCCUUGCUUCAGAGUUAUUUUGACUCAAAAUUAUGUGACCAAAGGAAUGCUGGUAGGAACAUGA